AUGGACGACGUACUGACGGGUGCCGAUACGCUUGCUGAGGCGUGCGAACUACAACGGGAGAUGACCGGGCUGCUAGCGAAAGCCUGCUUCGGCGCCCACAAGUGGUGCGCGAACCACUCCGACCUCUUGCGAGAGGUCCCUGAAGAGCUGCGUGGCAAUUCGUUCGAGGUCACCGACGACAGCUCGAAGACGAUCGUGAAAACGCUGGGCGUUACGUGGAACCCGUUUGAGGACUGGUUCUCGGUGUCAGUGCCCGACUUCGACGACCUGGAAGAAGUGACUCGGAGGAAGCUUCUGAGUCAGCUGGCCAAGAUCUUCGACCCGCUGGGAUUCUUCGGGCCAGUCAUCACUUACGCGAAGCUGCACAUCGAGUGGGAUGACCCGGUCCCAACAGACAUCGGCGAGAAGUGGCGGAGCUUCCGCAUCGAGUUGACCGCGCUGAGAGAAGUGCGACUGCCGAGAUGGAUCUCCUGGAAAGGCGCGCUCAAGCUAGAACUGCACGGGAACGCGGACGCAUCUGAUCUGGCCUACGGUGCGUGCAUCUACGUGAAGGGCUUCUUCGCGAACGAGGAGACCGAGAUGAGAUUGAUCUGCAGCAAGUCUCGAAUCCUGCCCAAGAAACGGAAGCCUAAGGAGAAGGCCAUCUCGACCCCCCGAGCUGAACUGCUGGCGGCACUGUUGCUCGUUAGAAUGGUCGUGAAGUUCCUGAGCGCCACGAAACUCAAGUUCGAAUCGGUGCACCUCUGGAGCGACUCGCAAAUCGUCCUGGCUUGGCUCAAGAAACUCCCGCAGCUGCUGCAGACGUUCGUGUCGAAUCGGGUAAGCGAAAUCCAAAAACUGACGCAAAACUUCCACUGGCAUUACGUUGCUACGCACGAAAACCCGCCCGACUUGAUUUCGCGGGGAGUCACACCGAAGAAGCUGAUCAAGUCCAAGAAGUGGUGGCAGGGCCGACCACGCACAACCGUAGCCGCGGCUGCGGACGAAAUCGUGAUUCCGGAUGACGAGCUGCCGGAAAUGCGAACUGGAGUAGUGCUGGCCAUGACAGUUCCUGUCGAACGUUUCCCGAUGUUUGACAAGUUGAGCAGUUUCACGGGGAUCGUCAGAAGCAUGGUUUGUUACAGCAGUAUCAAUUGA